CUUGUUUCGAAUUUAAAGGAGAGUUUCAAGGUUGUUGAAAACAGAUCAGCAAGAAACAAAAGAUCAAUAGAUACCGCCAAACAAAAAUCGACAUUAGACGUACUAAUACCGGCCAAACCUUUGGACGACAGUGUCGGGAAAGAUGCAAAUCUCCCAGCGGGCGUCGGGGUUCUGCCUCGCGGAGAUAAAUUUUCUGUUUUCGUCGAAUCACAUCGUCAGGAAGCUGAGAUAGUUAUCCAAUUUCUUAACAGUGCUGAGAACUUCGAUUUAUUCAUUCAAUUGGCCACCUAUUUCCGCGAUAACAUUAAUACGGAGCUGUGGUUGUUUUCAUUUCACGUUGCCAUCCAGUUACGAGAUGACGCGACGGGAGUGCGCAUUCCGCCCGUAUUUCAGCUUCACGCGCAAGUAUUCUUCGUCAACGGACAGAUCGAUCAGGCGACAGCCGAAGCUAAUUUACCCGGAACUUCGCAGAUCGUGCGAGGACUUGAUCUUGAUCUGUUCUCGACUUCCAACCGCCGAGAUCCUGAGUCACAAUUGGCGCACUUCAGAGAAGAUGUAGGAUUCAACUUCUUUCACUGGCAAUGGCAUAUCGCAAAUCCAUUUUUUGCUUACAAUGACCGUCAGGGGGAACUUUUUUAUUACACUCAUCAGCAACUCCUUGCCCGUUACGAUACUGACAGACUUGCUGCUGGUUUAACUCGAGUUCUUGGGCUUCAUGAGUGGAAUAAACCAAUAAUC